AUGGCCGAAACAGAAAUGCUCACAUUAGCCGGACCGGAGGCUCUUUCCAGUUUUCGUGUCACUAGGCUUGUAUCCGCAAUCAACAAGCUUGUGAAUUCCUCGGUUGUCACACGUGUUAGAUCUUGCCAGAUUCAUUACGUGGAGUUGGCAGAAGGUGUUAAGGCAUUAACUGAGGAUCAGUUGAAGAAGCUCGAUAUUCUUCUUCAAUAUGACCAUCCGUUAGACAAGGAUGACGAUUUGAACAAGGUCUUGUGUGCCGCCGUUAAGGAUGAAAGUGGAAAAUACCAGUUGCCGGACUCAGUUCAUCUUUUGAGAGUUCUUCCAAGGCCAGGAACAAUUUCCCCUUGGUCUUCGAAGGCUACAAACAUCACACAGGUUUGCGGUUUGGGAAAUGUUGUUAGUCGUGUUGAACGUGGUACUGGUAUCUUGCUCGAGGUUCGUCCAGGAUUCCCAAUUUUAGAACAUCUUCGCCGUGAUAAAUUCAACUGCCUUAGUACUGUCUAUGACAGAAUGACACAUGCUCUUUACGUUGACAACAAGGCACCCCAGUUUUCCGACUUGUUUGCUAGUGAGGCUCCAAGACCGCUUGUCACAGUUGAUAUUCUCAAAUCGAAGGAUGCUCUUGCAAAGGCAAAUAAGGAGCUUGGUCUUGCUUUGGGUAAAGAUGAAAUGGCAUAUCUUAUCAAAGCAUUCAAGGACACCUUGCACCGCAACCCAACCGAUGUGGAGCUGUUCAUGUUUGCCCAGGUGAACUCUGAGCAUUGCCGUCACAAGGUUUUCAAUGCUGGUUGGACUAUUGACGGCAAACCAAUGCAGCGUUCUUUGUUUUCAAUGAUUCGUAAUACUCACGAAAAGAAUCCUCAGUACACCAUUUCAGCUUACAGUGAUAAUGCAGCUGUCUAUGAUGGUUUUGAUGCCUAUCUGUGGUAUCCAGAUGCUAGUGCUGGAAACCGCUGGAGUUCAAAGUCGGAGAGAGUUCAUACUUUGAUAAAGGUGGAGACUCACAACCAUCCUACGGCGGUUUCUCCUUUCCCUGGUGCAGCCACCGGUUCUGGUGGUGAGAUCAGAGAUGAGGCUGCCGUUGGUCGUGGAUCAAAGACACGUUGUGGUCUUUCAGGUUACGUUGUCAGUGAUUUGCACAUUCCUGGUCUAUCACAACCAUGGGAAGCCGCCGAUGUUGGAAGACCAUCGCACAUUGCAUCGCCUUUGCAAAUAAUGAUUGAUGCACCUUUGGGUUCUGCGGCAUUCAAUAAUGAGUUUGGACGUCCUGCCAUCACUGGUUUCUUCUGUACGUUGACUACAAAGGAAAGUGGUUCGGAUGAAUCCGGCAAGCGUGUGUUCAGAGGCUUCCAUAAGCCAAUCAUGCUUGCAGGUGGUCUUGGAUGUGUUCGUCCUCAGUUGGCUCUCAAGUCAGACUACAAGGUGACUCCAGGUGCAAAUCUAAUUGUUCUAGGAGGUCCUUCGAUGCUCAUUGGUUUGGGUGGAGGUGCCGCCUCUUCUGUUGGUUCUGGUGAAGGAUCUGCAGAGUUAGAUUUUGCCUCAGUUCAACGUGGUAAUCCUGAGAUGCAGCGUCGUGCCCAACAAGUUAUUGAUGCAUGCAAUUCCCAGGGAAGCAGAUCACCUAUCGAGUGUAUCCAUGAUGUUGGUGCCGGUGGUCUUUCCAAUGCUUUCCCUGAGUUGGUUCAUGAUAAUGGCCUUGGAGGUCGCUUUGAGUUGCGUAAUAUUCCUUCAUUGGAGCCUGGUAUGUCUCCUAUGGAAUUAUGGUGUAACGAGUCCCAGGAGAGAUAUGUGCUGGCAGUUGCACCAAAGGAUCUUGAACGUUUCAAGGCUCUCUGUGUCCGUGAACGUUGUCCAUUUGCUGUCGUUGGCGUUGCUACCAGUGAGGAGCGGUUGGUUCUCACGGACAAGCUUUUGAAGACCACUCCUAUCGAUUUGGACAUGAGUUUGUUGUUUGGUAAGCCUCCUCGUUUGCACCUUACCGACAACACGAAACAACCAGAGUUGAAGAAGUUGACGUUCGUUAAGACGGUCGAUCCAAAUGCCGAUCUUGCUGAUUCUACCAACGACGAAAUUGUUUCUGUUCCCCUCUCCGAGAGCUUGUCUCGUGUUCUUCAACUUCCAUGCGUUGGUUCUAAGUCGUUCCUCAUCACAAUUGGUGAUCGUACGGUUACCGGACUUAUCGACAGAGACCAGUUUGUUGGACCAUGGCAAGUUCCAGUUGCUGAUGUUGGUGUUGCAGCCACCUCGCUUGGUGGACCUGGAGUUAUCACAACAGGUGAUGCUUUGGCUACUGGUGAGCGUCCAAACGUUGCACUUAUCUCGGCAGAGGCCUCUGCCAGAUUGGCCAUUGCUGAGUCCUUGACUAAUCUUUUUGCUGCCGAUGUUCGUGCCCUCAAUAGAGUUAAAAUUUCUGCCAACUGGAUGUCUUCAGCAGGUACUCCUGGUGAGGGUACUGCUCUUUAUCAGGCUGUCCGUGCUAUUGCCAUGGAGCUUUGCCCAGACCUCGGUGUUGAAAUUCCCGUCGGUAAGGACUCUACUUCUAUGCGUAUGAGCUGGGACUCUACGGAGGUUGUUUCGCCACUUGCACUUUGUAUCACUUCAUUCUGUGGUGUUAACGAUACUUCCAAGACCUGGACUCCUGAUCUCGCGCAUGACAGUGACAGUAGUCUUGUUCUCGUUGAUUUGGGAUGUGGUCACAAAUCUCUCGGUGCUACGUCUCUUGCACAAUGCUAUGGUGAGAUCGGUGAGUCAUGUGCCGAUGUUCGCGAUACUUCUCUUCUUAAGAACUUCCUCGAGGCUCUUAUUGAACUUCACGGCAGCACUUACGUUGAAGCAUAUCACGAUCGUUCUGAUGGUGGUUUGCUUGUUUCUCUUCUUGAAAUGGCAUUUGCCGGCCAUUGUGGUAUCACUAUCUCCUUGCCAGAAGAGGCUGAUCUUGCAAUCCAGACUUUGUAUAACGAGGAGCUUGGUGCCGUUUUCCAGGUUAACAAGGAAAACCUCAAGGCAUUUACUGCCGUUCUUACCAGCCAUGGCGUGCCUGAAUCUGCUGUCAGCGUUGUUGCCAAUCCAGAAUUUAGCUCGCACAAUGUUCGCGUUCUCGCAGCUGGUGAAGAAAUUUUGUCAUCGACUAGAUCACAUCUUGAGCAGCUUUGGAGCGCCACAUCGCAUUCCAUCCAACGUCUCAGAGACAACCCACAAUCUGCAGAUCAAGAAUUCCAGGCAAUUUCAGACAACUCCGAUCCCGGUCUUUCUUACAAGAUUACGUUUGAUCCUUCAAAUGAUCUUGGCAUCAGCACCUUUACCGGUAGUCGCCCUAAGGUGGCCAUUUUGCGUGAACAAGGUGUUAACUCGCAGCUUGAGAUGGCCUGGUGCUUUGACCAAGCCGGCUUUGAGACUUAUGAUGUGCACAUGACCGAUAUUCUUACCGGACGUGUCUCUCUAAAGGACUUCUGCGGUUUUGCCGCCUGUGGUGGUUUCUCCUACGGUGAUGUGCUUGGUGCUGGUAGUGGUUGGGCUAAAUCUGUUCUUUACAACUCUCAUGCCAAGGAAGAGUUCCGUUCGUUCUUCAACGACAGAAAGGAUACUUUUGCAUUUGGAAGUUGCAAUGGUUGUCAAUUCCUAACAAGACUCAAACAGCUUAUACCUGGAGCUGAAUUCUGGCCUUCUUUUGAAAGGAACCGUUCUGAGCAAUACGAAGCUCGUGUUUGCACACUUGAGGUGUCCAGUGACUCUGUCGAUGAGUCAAACUCCUGCUUAUUUUUGGAUGGUAUGCAGGGAUCUCAUAUACCAAUAGCUGUUGCUCAUGGUGAAGGUCGCGCGACAUUUGCGUCUUCUGAAGAGCAGGCUGAGUUUAAUAAGCAAGGUCUUACUGCUGUUCGUUACGUUGAUAACUAUGGUGUUCCAACAGAGAGAUAUCCAUUCAAUCCAAAUGGUUCUCCUGAUGGUAUUGCCGGUGUUCGUACACCAAAUGGUCGUGUGCUUGCCAUGAUGCCUCAUCCGGAGCGUGUUUCGCGUCUUGAGGCAAACUCUUACUAUCCAGCUGACAAGGCUAAGGAAUGGUUAGGUUACGGUCCUUGGAUUAGAUUGUUCCGUAAUGCAAGAGUUUGGGCUCAAAAGCAGAGUGGCGAGAAUUAG